CGAUAAGAAAUCGAAUCAGUCUUUGCAAAAUUCCCUAGAAGCACUACGAAUUAAUCACAAUGGCAGAUACUUCUGAUGCACUCGCACCAAAGCCAGAGGGCGAGGAGAUUGAUCCUCAUUUUGAGCCUGUUAUCAAGCUCACGGAACAAGUGGAGGUAAAGACCUACGAGGAAGACGAGGAUGUGCUCUUCAAGAUGCGAGCAAAGCUCUUCCGAUUCGAUAAUAUCUUAAACGAGUGGAAAGAACGUGGCACAGGCGAUGUGAAACUUCUUCAGCACAAGGAGACGAAGAAGGUUCGUCUUGUAAUGAGACGCGACAAAACCCUCAAAGUUUGCGCCAACCACCACAUCUCCUCAGAAAUGCGCCUUCAGCCUAAUAUUGGCUCUGACAGGAGUUGGGUUUGGAAGGUUGCUGCCGACUAUACCGAAGAACCACCAACCGCAGAAACUCUGGCCAUCCGCUUCGCAAACUCUGAUAAUGCAAAUGAAUUCAAGCGUCAAUUUGAGUUGACACAGAAGAUGAACAGUAGCGCCUCUCUCGACGAGCAGUCUGCGCCCGAAGCAAAGGAACAAGAGGAGGAGGAAGAGGAGGAAGAGGAAGAGGAGAAAAAAGAGGAAUCGCCAGAAGAGAAGAAAGAAUAAUUAUGUACUGGACGAAGCGAUCCCUUUGUUUCUCCUUAAUGCCUCUUUCCUGUUGUGACGUCUAUCCGUCAAUUUGCUUUCAUGAGUGCCCCCGUGACACCACCGCUCGCUGCCAUUUCAUUUGACCAAGUAAUGUAAAUCACUUACCUACCCAAUUCAUCCGACAUGUACUCGUCGUGACAUCAUGACAGGAGACAGUUCCCCACCUUCAUCUCAGUGGGAAU